AUGGACUCGCUCGUGCCCCCAGACAAGGACCACUUCGAGCGCAUCGCCCAUGUCCAGGCCCAGAAGGAGAGCCAGGCCCGGCGCCGGGCCCGCCAGCAGCGCAAGUCCAUCUCGCACACCACGUCGUCGGAGCAGCGGCGCAGCGACGACCAUGAGCGCGCCGAGGCCGCCCAGAUGAUUCAAAAGACGUUUCGCGGCUAUCGCGCCCGCAGGGAGAUGGAGGGCUUCGGUCUCGACGCCGGCACGCGAUGGGUCGCCGCCAUCCGCGAGGCUCAGUUCCGCCAGUCGACCAAGCCGCGCGCCGCCGCACGGAGCCCCAACCUCGCCACCGCCGACCAUGAGCUCUCCUCCGCCGCCGCGACGACGUCGCUCGACGACCCCAUCGACCGCCGGCCCGCGAGCGCGCGGCGCAACUGGAAAAAAGCGAGCCUCGUCGCUCGCCGCGCUGGCCACGACGAUGCCGACGAUGCCGCCUCCUCGUCGUCCGACUCCGACUCGGCCAACUCGGGCCGCCACGCGGCAAAGACGCCCGAGCAGCGCGCAGAGGCCCGGCGGAAGCGCGAGCUGGCCAACGCCGAGCGCCGCCAGGCCGCCCGCAUGAUGGGCCUGCAAUACUUUCUCGAGAUGGUCGACGUCAAGCACCGCUACGGCAGCAACCUGCGCAUGUACCACGAGGAGUGGAAGAAGUCGGACACGACCGACAACUUCUUCUACUGGCUCGACUACGGCGCCGGCAGGAACAUUGAGCUCGACACGUGUCCGCGGGAGCGCCUCGAGCGCGAGCAGGUGCGCUACCUGUCGCGCGAGGAGCGCCAGUACUACCUCGUCAAGGUGGAUGCGCAAGGACGCCUGUGCUGGGCCAAGAACGACGCGCGCAUCGACACGACGGAGCAGUUCAAGGACAGCGUCCACGGCAUCGUCCCCGAGGGCGACCCCACGCCCGCCUUCAGCCCGGUGGCGCCCUCGGCGGCAGCGCCCAACGACGCACACUCGAGGAAGGACUCCACGUCGUCGUCGUCGUUGAGCCAGUCGUCGGCCGAGUCGCGCAGAGAAGCCGACCGCGCGGCCAAGUACGGCGACCCCGGCUACGACGGCGCCCACGGCGUCCAGAAGAUCACGCACAUCUCGGCCUCGACCAUCUUCAACAAGCUGCUGCGCAAGUCGGUGCGCAAGAACACGUGGAUCUUUGUCGCCGACACGUCGUUCCGCCUCUACGUCGGCAUCAAGGACUCGGGCGCCUUCCAACACUCGUCCUUUCUGCAGGGCAGCCGCAUCUCGGCCGCCGGCCUCAUCAAGAUCAAGGACGGCCGCCUCUCGUCCCUGUCGCCGCUGAGCGGCCACUACCGCCCGCCCGCGUCCAACUUCCGCGCCUUUGUGCGCAGCCUCAAGGAUGCCGGCGUCGACAUGGGCCACGUGUCCAUCUCCAAGUCGUACACGGUCCUCGUCGGCCUCGAGACGUACACCAAGACGCGCCGCAAGGGCAAGGAUUUCGUCGACAAGCUCAUCCGCCGCCGCGACAAGAUGCUGUCCCCCGAGCAGGUCAGGCGGCGCGAGGAGGAGCAGCGGGACAAGAGCGAGAGCGCCGAGAAGGAGCGCCGCUUCCUCGAGAAGAAGAGGCUCGAGGCCGAGGCCGAGGCGGCGGCGGCGAGGGCCGAGAGCAGCCCGGGCGCCAAGGUGGUGGAUAAGUUCAAGUCGAUACCCGCCCACGUCAGGGGCCACGGCGGCGACGACGAUGGGGGCGGCGGCCUCGGACGAGGGGCGGCGGGAGGUGCCGUCGCUGGGUCCUGA